AAAGAUUCGAAAUAAAGUAUUCUAGGAUAUCCUAGAAUACCUAAUUAUUCUGUUAUGUGCAUUCCUAUUCGUAUGUGACAAACUUACGUUCUAUCGGUAACGAGACUGUGAAUUCUACGGCAACAGCAACAGCACCGGUAAAGGGUAACAUAUAUGUGGACGUUGCGAUCGGACUGUUUAAAACAGUGGUUCAAGGAAAAACCAUUCCAGAAAACAGAGAAGGUUUAAAAGGUGUGAUUGGAUUCAUCAUGGUGUCGUUACUGGCGGCCGCUUUUUCGCUAAUCCACAGCCUCCUUGUGGUGAAAACAGAAUGUUGCGAAAACAAGUGUGUAAAGUGCUUCUGUGGGGAGGAAAAAUGCAAGACAUGUUUAAAAGCCGCCGUUGAAAAGCUAAGAACCAUCGCGAACAGUAACUAUGCAGCAGGCGUCAGUGCAGGAGCAGCAAGUGCAAUGUUUGCCUACACCACUUCUGACUUGGCCGACGUUUCAUUCGGAAGCAGUUUUAUACUGGAAGCUAUUUCAUCAGGAUUCUCGAUUCUCACUUUGAUUUUAAAUAUCUGUAUGCCCCCUAUAGAACACCCAAACACUGAACCAGCAUCAGGGGGAAAUCACGGUGGUGCUUAUGUGCAAAUGAAUGAACCCCGGUUCAAUGCUGACAAUGUGUAAAUUAAACAUAACAUACACGUGUAAAAAAGUAUGUAACAUAAUAGCAUUAUAUUAUACCCAGUAGUGAGGUUUACUUACAAAAAAGUGAAGAUUGUUAGUAGGUAUAUGGCAUUUUUUAGUAAUUUGUGUGUUAUAUAUUGAUCAGUUUAUUUUCACCAUUGUUUAUGUUUAUGUUAUCAUGUGCUCGUACUCAGAUGAAUAAUAAAAUGUAUACGCCCUCGCCCAAUCUU